AUGCCAAGACACAUUUGCAUUAAGUCAAAGGAUCGACUUGAUGGUUGGAAUUAUAAUUGGAUUCCAAUUGCAACCGAUGAUUCUCCCUAUGCAAGAAUGGUCAAAGAGAUCGAGGAGAAAGAGAAAUUUGUGCAGCAAUAUUAUUUGGCAAAUCAGGAACAAUUUGCUGAUGUGAGGACACUUCAAGGACAAAUGCGAAUGGAAGAUUCCACUGGUGUACAUGGCGGCUCGUUCGUUUUGCACUCUAACACUCAUGCGCGUGAACACAUCAUCAGACAUCUCGUCCGAGCUUUUUUAGUUCUUGCUAGAGCAAUCAACGAGGGUCACUUCAAUGUCAACACCUUAUUGACAGUAUCGCUGAAGGUUGAUAGCAAUUGGAAAGUUUAUUGCAAUCGAGUCAAGUUGGAUAUGAGCGAUUCAAUCUACUUGGUUGAUGUUCUGAAAAACAUUCAACGCAGCUUCAAGCGUAGUCACUGCAUGCACUACAGUUUGAAGUUCAAGUCUCAUGUGGCAAGCUACUUGUCUCAGUUGCGAGAGUUUCAAAAGACCAAGCCAUUCGAUUCGCCUCUUCGCACCACAACGGAACAAAUCGACGAUUAUUAUAAAUCGAUGGAAAUUUCUCAAGAAGAGCAAUCAAUUGCUGAGCUGAGAGAAAUGAGUUUCGAUGAUUUGCCGGAUAAUGUUAUUAAAAAGAUUUUCAAGAAACUUGAAAAUCGUGUGGAUAUCGCGAAUUUUCGUCUUUGCUCAAAACGUUGUCAGAAAAUCGCUGAAGCAAAAGUGAAAGAGUGGUCAAAAUAUGUUUGGAACGAGCUGCGUUUUUGUGAUUUCGGACGAGGUUUCAAAUUGAGUGGCUCGGUGAAUCAACGAAAUUUCGAGUUUAUUUAUCGAAUGAGUGAUUCAAAUGAAAUGAAUGAGCUCAUUUAUCGGCGUCUUGCUGGCACGAUUGUUGAUCAGUUGUCAAUCGAUACGAAAGAGGUGCCACUCGAGUUCCAGCUUACCGACAAACACCUUAAAGCACUUGCUGAUUUAAAAGCUAAAGCCGGAUUUGAGCUAAACACUUUUACCUAUCUUCCCGAACUUUACAACUACAACAAGAAAUGUCUCAGCCUCGAGUCUGAUCUUUAUGAAAUCUUGGCGCCGACUCGAAUCAGCUUAAAGCAACAUUUCCAAUCAACUCCUGUCAAUUAUGAUCUCAAAAUUCCGCGUUCAGUCGAAUCGAUUAGCGGCUUUUUCAAGCAAGUCCUCGAUUUCUCAGAGGCCGAGAAUCUGGAAUACGUCGAGGUUUUCAGCAGCUCGUUGAGCUUGAUCACGAGUAUCAUCCAAGAUGGUACAAUGGAAAGCUUGAUGCGCCGUUCUUCAAACCCAAUCAAAUUGGUGAUGUCCGGUUCAUCAGUUAAUCACGUGAUCGCUAAGUACAAAAUGGCCGAACAAGUCGAGCUUGGGUAUUGGAGAAUCAGAGAGUCAAAAGUCUCAUCGAUGUCGUGGGUGAUCUUCGAUUGGGAGCACCCAAGGCAGCACUUCACCAUCGAGCUCUACGUUCAGACUCUCGAGAAUAGCUUUAACUAUUGGCACAUUCGACAUGGCAUAGUGAAACCGAUUCGAGGGGGAAGUGCUGAGAAAUGGCUUGAAUCGAAUGAAGAGAGUGGAAGCGAUGCU